UGGAAAGAAAGUGAAAGCUCUUUGAAUUCACAGUAACUGACAUACUGAGAUGAACUUGCUGAUAGUAGGCUUGAGAGUUGACAGCUAACACUGGGGACAGAUGCUGACUUGUAUAAAUAAUAUCCCCUAUGCAUUGUUCUUCACUACACCCUGCAGCCUCCCUUGCUCUAACAGCAACUCCAGCUAUGAAACAAAUUGCACCAUGAGGACAGAUAACCUCUGGCUUCAGGCCUGUAAUCUAACUGUGGCCAUCGGCAACAAGAAAUGAGUUUCUUUCUAAUCAGCUUUCCAUCAGUCUCCAGUCACUCAUAUAAAGGAGCCAGGGAGUGGAGGAUUCGCAUUGCUGUUCAGCACCCGGGUUCUGGACAGCACCCUGAGCAGACAGUAGAUUGUGCGUCCCUCCCUCGCUCUCCUCUGCCAGCACGUCUACUGCCUCUCUAGUCCCCCCUGCUGCAGAGAAAGAAAAUUACAUCGGCAUCCAUGCAGCCCGCAAUGAUGAUGUUUUCCAGUAAAUACUGGGCAAGGAGAGGGCUGUCGCUGGAUUCAGCAGUGCCUGAAGAGCAUCAACUACUGGGCAACUUCGCACUAAAUAAAGCUACCUCUGGCAAAAGUGAUGACAAGAAGGGCAGCAAAGGCAGCAGCAAAGGCGAAAGUGCUACUGAAAGUGGCAAGACUGCGGUGGUGUUCUCCUUGAAAAACGAAGUUGGUGGCUUGGUGAAAGCGCUCAGGCUCUUCCAGGAAAAACAUGUCAACAUGAUUCAUAUCGAAUCCAGGAAAUCUCGGCGCAGGAGUUCUGAGGUUGAAAUCUUCGUAGACUGUGAGUGUGGCAAAACAGAAUUCAAUGAGCUCAUUCAGCUGCUGAAAUUUCAAACUACAAUUGUGACACUAAAUCCACCGGAGAACAUUUGGACGGAGGAAGAAGAGCUGGAGGAUGUGCCCUGGUUCCCUCGGAAGAUCUCUGAGUUAGAUAGAUGUUCUCACAGAGUUCUCAUGUAUGGUUCUGAGCUUGACGCCGACCACCCAGGAUUCAAGGACAAUGUCUAUCGACAGAGAAGGAAGUAUUUUGUGGACGUGGCCAUGGGUUAUAAAUAUGGUCAGCCAAUCCCCAGGGUGGAGUACACCGAAGAAGAAACUAGAACUUGGGGCAUCGUCUUCCGAGAGCUUUCCAAACUCUAUCCCACUCAUGCUUGCCGAGAGUAUUUGAAAAACUUCCCUCUGCUGAGUAAAUACUGUGGCUACCGGGAGGACAAUGUUCCUCAACUAGAAGAUGUUUCCAUGUUUCUGAAAGAAAGGUCUGGCUUCACAGUGAGGCCGGUGGCUGGAUACCUGAGCCCACGAGACUUUCUCGCAGGACUGGCCUACAGAGUGUUCCACUGCACUCAGUACAUCCGCCAUGGCUCGGACCCCCUCUACACCCCAGAGCCAGACACCUGUCAUGAACUUUUGGGACAUGUCCCCCUACUGGCGGAUCCUAAGUUUGCUCAAUUUUCACAAGAAAUAGGCCUGGCAUCUCUGGGAGCGUCAGAUGAAGAUGUUCAGAAACUAGCCACGUGCUAUUUCUUUACGAUUGAGUUUGGCCUUUGCAAGCAAGAAGGACAGCUGCGAGCAUAUGGAGCAGGCCUACUUUCCUCCAUUGGAGAAUUAAAGCAUGCUCUGUCUGACAAGGCGUGUGUGAAAGCCUUUGACCCAAAGACAACUUGCUUACAGGAAUGCCUUAUCACUACCUUCCAGGAAGCCUACUUUGUUUCAGAAAGUUUUGAAGAAGCCAAAGAAAAAAUGAGGGACUUUGCAAAGUCAAUUACCCGUCCCUUCUCAGUGUACUUCAAUCCCUACACACAGAGUAUUGAAAUUCUGAAAGACACCAGAAGUAUUGAAAAUGUGGUACAGGACCUCCGCAGUGAUUUGAACACAGUGUGUGAUGCCUUAAACAAAAUGAACCAAUACCUUGGGAUUUAAUGUCUGGAAUCAAUGUUGUUGCUUGCAUGAUUCAGACGAUGUCAUAUAACACCAGUAGUGUUCUGUGUGAUGCUUUGGUUAGUAAGCCUGCAAUUCUGUAUAUCUAGACCUCCUAGUAACUUAUUGUGUUUAUGUGUGAAACGUUGUGAAGAACCCCACAGCAGAUAACCACUCACUGUAGGAAAAAUUGUAGCACGCCUCAGUGUCUCAAAUGGCUCUGGUAUUCUCAUUUAUUGUCUUUAACCAAACCUCAUCUCUUUAAAACCUGUAACAAAUGACGUUCUUAGGAUUCCAGCUAAUGGCCCUUUCUUCCUUGGUCCUAAGCCUUUCCUUGGUAUUCAUUAGAUAAAAUGGAAAAAGAAGUGAGGCUGUUCUAUUUUCAAUAGUAUCAGUGUUUUCACAGCAUGCUUUGAGGUAAACUGGACUUGUAGCAAAACUCCCAUCAUGUUAGCAAAAGACUCAGCAUUGUGCUUCAAACAUCAUUGAGGUAAUACUGUAGUUGGAAUGAUGUUUAGGUUGACUGUUUUUGUUACACUAGGAAAAAAGAAUGUUUUGCAAGUUGAACAUGUACGUUGCAUUGACCUUGUAGAAUAUGAAUUGUGGCAAGCUUUGUUCAGUAUUCUGAAACGUCAGAC